GUGUCACUUGAUGCUGGGAAAUUGUUGGCCGGUGCAUAUCACACUGAAAGCACUGAAGAUAAAUCGCUCUCGAUCGAACUAUCUGAAGUCGGCCAAACCGGACUUAGCCAUACCAGACAGUCAACAUUAUUAUCCUUUUUUUAGGAGCUAGUGAAUCUGUAGUGGUAAAGGCUGUUUAGUCUGUAUAAUUUUACGCCAUUCCUAACUAAUUACAGAUCGUUUUUAACUGCCUACCAUCAAAUGGAAGUACCUGUUGGGUUGCUAUGUUGCGAAGUAGAGAAAAUUCGGCGAAGCUAUCGAGAUCCUGUAUUAUUAAAUGAUAGAGUUUUGAACAAUUUAUUAUGUAGCGAAGAAAAAUACACAUUGAGUAGUGACUAUUUUACAAUCAUCCAAACAGAUUUAAAACCAUAUAUGAGGAAAAUGGUUGCAGACUGGAUGCUUGAAGUAUGUGAAGAACAGCAAUGUGAACAAGACGUGUUUCCUCUUGCAAUGAAUUACAUGGACAGAUUCUUGGCUGUUUGCAAGCUCGGCAGAAAUCAGUUACAACUUUUGGGAGCAGCUUGUAUGUUUUUAGCUUCAAAAUUAAAAGAGACUUCGCCAUUGACGGCAGAAAAACUAAUCAUCUAUACAGAUAAAUCAAUAAGUUAUCAACAAUUACUAGAUAUUGAAGUGUUAAUAUUAAAGAGACUUAAAUGGGACCUGUCUGCAAUAACUCCACAUGAUUUCUUGGAACAAGUAAUACAUCGAUUACCGAUAAAAGCUGACUACGCCCAUCUUAUCCGAAAACAUGCUCAGACAUUAAUAGCAAUGUGUGUAACAGAUUAUAGCUUUGCUAUGUACCCUCCAUCAAUGAUAGCAGCUGGGUGUGUGGGGGCAGCAGUGAAUGGUCUUAGCUCCGGAGUCCGGCGGUACGACGAAAUACCUAACCUUAUGAAUAGACUAUAUGAAAUUACAAAAAUCGAAUUGGAGUAUCUACACCAAUGUCAGGAACAAAUUGAGCAUCUGUUGUCAAAAAACUUAUCGUCCGGUAACCAGCAAGAAGAAAUGCUAAAACAGGAUGAUAAAGAAGCACCCUCGACACCAACAGAUAUUCAGGAUAUUUCCGAUCUCUUGAAUAUUGCUUCUGCGUAAAGGCAGAAGUUGGCUGCGUAGUUCUUUUCCUAAUUUUGAACAUUAUCAUUGAAAUUUUUUUAAUAUAAUGAAUAUUUAAAUUUAAAAAAUAGAAUAUUAAUAAGUUGAUGAGUUGAAGUGAGCAAGAUAUAUACAGUUUUUUGUGCGCGAGUUUAUAGUUUAGAUUAUGAAUUUUGAUAAAUUGUAGCUAUUUUAAUUUGCUUUGGUGUGUAAGCGAGUGGGUGGUUACUGCGAGAUAGUGUAAGAGAUAUGUAUGCAAUAACAGGAAUACCAUGGGUACAGAAUUCAAAUUCUUUUCUGUAAAUAUUUCUUGAUAAUGUUCUGAAUUCGGAAGAGAAUUUCGCAGCCAUAUUGUUAAUAAUGCAACAUAAUUUUUGUUUGCGAAACUAUGCAAUGUAUUGAAUAAACGUAUGUAUUGGGAAUGACCUAACAGGGGUCAUACACCUGCAUCGCCUCUCUAUUUAUUAAACUCUUUAAUUCUGUGAAAAUGAUCACAUAUAUCUGAAUGUUGUUAUUUACUAUUUUAAAAUAUAUUUUGUUUCAUACGAUGUAUCUGACAAGGUGCAAACUUUCAACAUAAAUUUAUUAUAUUUUGAAGUAAGAUAUUUAAUUGCACAGGGAUUAAGUAUUGAACGACUUGUGUUUUAACAUUAAUUAAAUGUAUUUUUCGUUUGAAUUUGCUUGUAAAAUAACUCAGUGGAGAUAUGCUUGAAAUUAUACUGUCUGUGAUUAAAUCUCAAAUAAUAUUUUUUUUAAUUAACUACUUAUAAAGGAUCAAAUAAGUUGUCAACUUGAAAUGAAACGACACAUUCAAACCAUUAAUUUUUACCACUGAAAUCAUUACAAUUAAUAUCUAAUUUAAGGUUCUAUGCAAAGAAUACAGAAAUGGAUUGUGUCCUGUAAUAGGCAGAGAAUAUAUUUUCUGUUUUAAUUUGAAAAAUUUAAAGCUAUUUACAACAAAGCUAUUAAAUAUACAAAUUAUUGUAAUUUAAGUAAUUAGUUUUAAUUUGGAUUGUUAUUUAGGUUAAUACAGACAGUAUAAUUUUAAUCAAAAUUCAUUAUCAAAAUGUCUUCCAGUCUAAAGUGUUGGGUACCAUUAUGAAAUAAAUGAGUGAUGAUUGACAUAUGUGAAUUCUACCUCAAAGAAAACACAAGCUAUCAUCCUCAUUAAUUAACAAUCAUUGUUAGUAUAUUUGUAUUAUUUUUCUUUUUAUAUAUAUAUUUUUUUUACCUGUGCUAUGGGUGCAGGGUAUAAAUGCUAAGAAUGAAAAUAUAAAAUUUAAAAAACAGUAAAACUAGCUGUUCAAUUGGUAUUAUACUAGUAAAUUAGUGCCGUGUAUUACUCCUGCGUAAUAGAAUCAUACAACACUGCCAUUCUUGUCCAGUCCAUAUACCACGAUUACUAGCCCAGUUUGAUCAGUGCUACCAAAGAUGUAAUUUAUAUUCUAGUUUGAUUUAUGAUGAACAUCCUGCUAAACUGAAACUUGACCAAUUCCAGCUAAUUGCAGUGUUGGGGUUUCCUUAAGAUAUGCGUGAUAUACUGUCUUUGAAAGUUUGAUGUGCUCAGUCUAUCGUAUAACCAAUUGCUGUGUAGAUUUACGACGACUUUUUGAAGAAUUAUAUUAUAUACCCAGUAAAUUAAUGAGUUCCAUAGAUAACAAGUAAAGUGAUUCUAAAUAAUUAAGCAGGGUUAAAUUAUCAACUUUAAUGAAUUUUGUAAUUCUAUGCAAAACAAACCAUCUGUAUUUAAUUUAAGCAGUUUAUAAGCACUUUAUCUUACUUAGUUAGUGCUUGAAAUGUUAUGCUGUGAAACUAUUGCAUACAACAAAUUUAUGAUUAGGAAUUGAAAUAACCAUGAUUAAUAGAUGUAAGUUUCAGAUGUUAUUGAAUAAGCUACUACUAUUGACCAAAUUAGAGUUUGACCAAUUUUAUCCAAGUUUUCAAUUCUUGGUGUUAUAUUUCCAGUGUUAACAUUCUAAAUGAUAUCAUUCCACGCGUGUUCCAAGUCAUUAGGCAAUCGCUCGUUUAUAAAUGAUACACAUAUUUUAGGUGCUGGCAUCUUCUCUUUGAAACUUUAGUUUCUGUAUCAAUUAUGUUUGAUUGUCCAUAACAAUGUAAUUUCACACUUAUUUUCUUUAUUUUUUUUUUUUUAUACAUUUUAGAACUGUCAUAUUUUAACUGGCCAUAAUCUCAUUUUGACUAGUAGUCAAUUGCUAUUUUGUGAAUUUUUAAGCAUUUUCUUAUGAAAUAAAAAAUUCAAGAUUGAAGUA